AUGUAUUCUGUUAAAGAAGAAAACGUAGACUCAGUAAAAGUCGAAAAUGACAUUGCCGCUAAACUUGUCGCUGCAGAACAGUACAUCAUUAAAUUGGUGGAGGAAAAUAAAAGACUUAACGUAGAAAUCAAGGACAUAUCUAGCAAACUCAACAAUUCAUUAGCUCUUAGGGAGGAACAAAAUAACUUGUUUAAUGGCGAAGUUGGGAAGGUAAAACUUCUUAAAGAAAUGGUAGAGGAUCUUAGAUUGAAGUGCCAGUCAGUUCCAAAGUUUGAACCAAAAGUUGAACAAAUUAUCAAAAAAAAGUCAACUUUGAGUACUGAGAACGUGAAUGAACUCAAGAUGGAGCUCAAAGAAUCAGUCGGAGGCUUUAUAAACCGUUCAGAGUUUAUCUUCCGUGAUGUCAAUAUCACGAAGGGUGCUGAUAAGUUAGAUCAAAUGAUCAAUAAGGUUUUUUACAGAGAAAGCAAAUGGGUAAAGAUCUUAAAAGGUUUAGAGGAUUAUAGGGCAAGAAUGGAAAGAGAGGAUACUGAGCCAGAAUGGUCAGAAAUGUGUAAGAUCAUUAGAAGAAAGGACGACAAAGUCGAACGUCGUGAAGUUGUUACAAGCAAACUAGAGAAAGCCAAAUCUGGUGUUAACGAUGAGGAUGAUGAAAUUAUACCUUAA